AUGUUUUCCAAUUUAUCGAAUGUUAAAAAUGAUACAUUAUCAGUUUGUACAUUUAAUAUUCUAGCACCAUGUUAUAAACGUUUAUCAUCAGAAUAUGAUCGUGAAAGUUCUUAUGAUUCUUUAUGGCAAAAACGUCAUUUAUCAAUAAUAAAUCUUCUUCAAUCAUUUGAAAUUAAUCUUAUUUGUUUACAAGAAUUUUGGUUUAAAAAUCCAUUAUUUAUUCAAUUAUAUAAAUCAAAUUUAUCAUCAAAAUAUUCAUUUUAUACAUUACAACGAACAGGUUUUCUUGAUGAUGGUUUAGCUAUUCUUGUUGAUUCGAAUCAUUUAAAAGUUAUUGAUAUAUAUAAUAUGAAAUUAAAUGAUAUUGGACAUCGUAUUGGACUUUUACUUAAUUUUGAAUUUAAUGGAAAAAAUAUACUUUUAAUUAAUCUUCAUUUAACAUUUCCACAUUAUAGAUUUGAACGUCAAAUAAGAUUAAGACAAAUGAAAAAAUUUCUUGAAUUAAUAUAUAAUUAUCAAGUAUCAAAAAAUAUUUUAAAUCAAUGUUCAAUUAUUAUAUGUGGAGAUUUUAAUUCAACAUAUCAAAAUGAUAAUGUUUAUCAAUUAAUAGAAAAAAAUUUUCAAUCAUCUUAUAAAUUUAUUAAUGGUUACGAACCACAUGUAACACAUUUAACACAUAGAAAUGAACAAUUAGGAGUAGAUUUUAUUUUUUAUAAGUCAAAUAAUCUUCAACCAAUAUCAAGUGAAUUAAUUCCACGUGGUUGUAAUCAUUUAAUAUGGAAUGAUCAUAGUAAAUGGACAUUAAGUGAUCAUCGCGCAAUUUUUACGAUAUUUAAGUACAACAACGGCAACAAUUCAUAA